GGUUGCCGCCAUGGCGUGACGUCACUUCCGGCCGUUGACCAGCCGGUUGAGGGCAGUUGUUAGCGUGCAAAGUGUCAACAUCACAACACUGCAGGAGGACAUUGUCUUCUCUUAAAGCGUCUCUUCUUCCACACAACCGCCGGCUCCACCCCAACAUGACUCGGAGGUGAUCUUCAGCUCGUCCCGGUGGUUCUGGGUUCCAGGUUGGUGUGGUAAGAGCAAGCUGACUGCAGGAGACCACCUGGGGCAGUUGGUCCCUGGCUCUCAAGCGAUCAAGGAGGGCUUUGCCAUCUGCUGUGCAUCAUGGAGAAGGAAGACCUGAAGGUCCUCAACAAGGGGGAAGAAGAAGAGAUGGAGCUGCAAGGCUUCCGUCUGUGCCCUUGGCGCCUGGCACUGGUGGGUGUUGGGGUCCUGUGUACAGGGGGCUUCCUGCUCCUGCUGCUCUACUGGAUGCCAGAGUGGUGCGUCAAGUCCACCUGCAUCCCCACCUCCGCCUGUGAUGCUGAAGUGGUGUUGCUGCGCUCCACGGAUGAAUUCCGGCGCUGGUUCCUGGCUAAGGUUCGAGUGAUGCUAGCCCCAGGGAGCAACCCCUUCCACAGCCUGGACACCCAGACCACCUCCCCUUCCCCCCCUCCCUCCCCAUCCAUGGCCAACGGAGACACCCGGCCCCCCCAGGAGCUCAUCAGGAGAUAUGUAGACUACCAGCCCACAGCGAUUCGUUACUUCACCCUCCACAGCACAAAGUACUUUUGGAAUGAGCGAGUGCAGAACUUUGAAGACUUAACCGGCCUGGAGGAUCUCAAAGUGAGCUGUGUUGCGCUCCACUCGGAGCACAGCAGGGGUCUCACCAGGAACCAGCAGGAGUACAGGAAACUCUUCUUCGGAGUGAAUGAGAUUGAAGUGAAAGUGCCUUCUGUUUUCAAGCUGCUUAUCAAAGAGGUCCUCAACCCUUUCUACAUCUUCCAGCUCUUCAGUGUUAUCUUGUGGAGUGCCGAUGAAUAUUACUACUAUGCUGUGGCCAUUGUUAUCAUGUCACUUCUCUCCAUAGCUACCUCUCUCUACGCCAUCAAAAAGCAAUACGUCAUGCUUCAUGACAUGGUGGCAGCUCACAGUACUGUACGUGUAUCUGUAUGCCGAGCCAACAACGAAAUUGUAGAAGUGUUGUCGAGCGACCUGGUGCCCGGGGACGUGAUUGUGAUCCCCAGCAACGGGACCAUCAUGCCAUGCGAUGCCGUGCUGGUCAGCGGCACCUGCAUCGUCAAUGAAAGCAUGCUCACAGGGGAAAGUGUUCCUGUGACCAAGACCAACCUUCCAAACCAGUCGCCAGGCGAGAGUGGAGAUGAGGCUGAGAGCCCCUACAGCACAGAGGAGCAUAAGAGACACACACUCUUCUGUGGCACCAACGUCAUCCAGACACGUUUCUACACCGGCGAGUUGGUCAAAGCCGUGGUGGUCCGCACAGGCUUCAGCACGGCCAAAGGCCAGUUGGUACGCUCCAUCCUUUACCCCAAACCCACAGACUUCAAGCUGUACCGCGAUGCCUACCUUUUCCUCCUGUGUUUGGUGGGUGUGGCAGGCAUUGGCUUCGUCUACUCCAUCGUCCUCAGCGUCAUGAACAAGGUGCCAACCAAGACCAUCAUCAUCGAGUCCCUAGACAUCAUCACCAUCACUGUUCCACCGGCGCUGCCAGCCGCCAUGACAGCGGGCAUUGUCUAUGCCCAACGACGUCUCAAACGAAUUGGAAUUUUUUGCAUCAGCCCGCAAAGGAUCAAUAUUUGUGGGCAGAUCAAUCUGGUGUGCUUUGACAAGACUGGAACUCUGACAGAAGAUGGUUUAGACCUGUGGGGAGUUCAGAGAGUUGAGAAUGGCGGAUUCCAGCAAUCCGAAGAAAAUGCCUACAAGGAGAAUCUGGUGAAGUCCCAGUUUGUUGCUUGCAUGGCCACUUGCCACUCUCUCACCAAAAUAGAAGGCCAGCUAUCUGGAGACCCGCUGGAUCUCAAAAUGUUUGAGGCCACUGGCUGGAUCCUGGAGGAAGCCACUGAGGAAGAAACGUCCCUCCACAACCGCAUCACGCCCACUGUGGUUCGACCCCCAAAGCAGCUGUUGCCCCCACAGCCUGAACCACCGGAGCAGGACCUGUCCUUCUGCUCUGUUCUUUCUCCAUUCCAGGAACUCUAUGACCUGCCUUCACAGUAUGAGAUAGGUAUCGUGCGGCAGUUUCCCUUUUCCUCGGCACUGCAGAGGAUGUGUGUGGUGGCUCGUCUGUUGGGGGAGAAGCGUAUGGACGCCUACAUGAAGGGAGCACCAGAGAUGGUGGCUCGUCACUGCAAGACAGACACAGUGCCAGACACUUUUGCGGAGGUUUUGGAGGGCUACACCAAGCAGGGUUUCCGGGUCAUCGCUCUGGCUCACCGUCGCCUUGGAUCCAAACUCAACUGGCACAAAGUGCUGAACAUAAGCAGAGAUCAUAUCGAGACCAACAUGAACUUCCUGGGUCUAAUAAUCAUGCAGAACAAGUUGAAGACAGAAACAGCAGCGGUGCUGCAGGAUCUGCACAGAGCCAACAUUCGAACUGUAAUGGUUACUGGCGAUAACAUGCUGACAGCGAUCUCCGUAGCACGAGACUGUGGAAUGAUUCCGCCACAGGAUGCGGUCAUCAUUGCCGAGGCCACGGCGCCACACGAUGGGCAGACGGCAAGAAUCACCUGGAGAUAUGCUGACUCGCCAAGCAUGGCGACAUGUGUGGAGGAGGUGAACAUCAGCCUGGAGGAUGUGUGUCACAUCGAUGAGCCCAAAGAACAAGAGCGCUACCAUUUUGCUAUGAAUGGAAAGUCCUUUUCGGUCAUCUCAGAGCAUUUCCCAGAUCUGCUCCAGAAGCUGGUGCUCCAUGGAACAGUGUUUGCCAGAAUGGCCCCGGAUCAGAAAACUCAGCUCGUUGAGGCCCUGCAGGAUGUGGAAUACUUUGUGGGAAUGUGUGGCGAUGGUGCAAACGACUGUGGGGCGUUGAAGAGGGCUCAUGGGGGCAUCUCUCUGUCAGAACUGGAGGCCUCUGUGGCCUCUCCCUUCACCUCCAAAACACCAAACAUCUCCUGUGUGCCAAGCCUCAUUAGGGAAGGCCGUGCUGCUCUGGUCACCUCCUUUUGUGUCUUCAAGUUCAUGGCUCUUUACAGCAUCAUCCAGUACAUCAGUGUCACCCUCCUUUACUCCAUUCUCAGCAACCUCGGAGAUUUCCAGUUCCUCUUCAUCGAUAUUGCCAUCAUUCUUUUCCUGGUGUUCACCAUGAGUCUCAACCCAGCAUGGAGAGAGCUGGUUGCACGGCCUCCUCCGUCAGGCCUAAUCUCCGCACCGCUGCUCCUGUCGGUGCUCAGUCAGAUCCUGCUCAACUUUGGCUUCCAGACAUUUGCGUUUUUCUGGGUGAAACAGCAGCCCUGGUACAGCGUCUGGACACCACAUGUAGAUGCCUGCAACGUGACAUCACCUACCAACAUGUCCGACCUGAACGGCACAGAAGUGGAUGACCACAACAUCAAGAACUACGAGAACACCAGCCUUUUCUACGUCUCCUGCUUCCAGUACCUCAUUGUCUCCAUUGUCUUUUCCAAGGGCAGACCUUUUCGGGAACCGAGCUACAAGAACUGGCCCUUUGUGCUCACGGCUUUGACUUUGUACGUCUUCCUGCUGACCAUCAUGUUCUACCCUGCUAAAGCCAUCGACGAGUUCUUGGAGAUUGUUUGUGUUCCGCUGGACUGGAAACUGAAGCUCCUCCUGCUGGUGCUGGUCAACGCUGCAGCGUGUGUGGUGGUGGAGACCUUCAUCAUUGACAUCGUCUUAUGGAAAGUUGUGCUCAGCAGAGACAAACAGGGCAUCACUCCUGCUGCCCCACCAUCACAGAAAAGCCUAGAAGUGUCAGCACAGCGCUGUCUGCAAUGUCCCAGCAAGGUGGCGCCAAAAGCUCGCUACAUGCAUCUGGCACAGGCGCUCAGCGUGGACCCCGACUGGCCCCCCAGGCCAACCACCACUACUGAGGCCAAGCCCCGCCCACAUAAUGGCUCCUCUUACCCAUUGGUCAGCAACCCCUAAACUCCCAUAAUCCUUUGCGUCUCGUCACUGGCCGUGAUGAUUGUACCACAUGAACCACUAACACUCCAGCGUUCACAAAUCUAAUUGUCACAUCCACAAAGUACUGACAUUUGAACAAACCCCUACUUCCUGUGGGUGCUGUGUUGUCAUGGCAACGACUAAACCUUCCACAAUGACUAAAUGCCUUUGCUCUACUGUACAUGUGGUCAUUACUGUACAUGAUGGUCAUUACUGUACAUGGUGGUCAUUACUGUACAUGAUGGUCAUUACUGUACACCUGGUCAUUACUGUACAUGAUGGUCAUUACUGUACAUGAUGGUCAUUACUGUACAUGUGGUCAUUACUGUACAUGAUGGUCAUUACUGUACAUGGUGGUCAUUACUGUACAUGAUGGUCAUUACUGUACACGAUGGUCAUUACUGUACACCUGGUCAUUACUGUACAUGAUGGUCAUUACUGUACAUGAUGGUCAUUACUGUACACAAUGGUCAUUACUGUACACGAUGGUCAUUACUGUACAUGAUGGUCAUUACUGUACACGUGGUCAUUACUGUACAUGAUUGCCAUUACUGUACAUGUGGUCAUUACUGUACAUGAUGGUCAUUACUGUACACGAUGGUCAUUACUGUACACCUGGUCAUUACUGUACAUGUGGUCAUUACUGUACAUGAUGGUCAUUACUGUACACGUGGUCAUUACUGUACAUGUGGUCAUUACUGUACAUGAUGGUCAUUACUGUACACCUGGUCAUUACUGUACAUGUGGUCAUUACUGUACAUGAUGGUCAUUACUGUACACGUGGUCAUUACUGUACAUGUGGUCAUUACUGUACACGAUGGUCAUUACUGUACACCUGGUCAUUACUGUACACCUGGUCAUUACUGUACACGAUGGUCAUUACUGUACAUGAUGGUCAUUAUUGUACUCCAUGGUCAUUACUGUACAUGAUGGUCAUUACUGUACACGAUGGUCAUUACUGUACACCUGGUCAUUACUGUACAUGAUGGUCAUUACUGUACAUGAUGGUCAUUACUGUACACGAUGGUCAUUACUGUACACCUGGUCAUUACUGUACAUGUGGUCAUUACUGUACAUGUGGUCAUUACUGUACAUGAUGGUCAUUACUGUACACGUGGUCAUUACUGUACAUGUGGUCAUUACUGUACACAAUGGUCAUUACUGUACGCCUGGUCAUUACUGUACAUGUGGUCAUUACUGUACAUGUGGUCAUUACUGUACACGUGGUCAUUACUGUACAUGUGGUCAUUACUGUACACGAUGGUCAUUACUGUACACCUGGUCAUUACUGUACAUGAUGGUCAUUACUGUACACCUGGUCAUUACUGUACAUGAUGGUCAUUACUGUACACCUGGUCAUUACUGUACAUGAUGGUCAUUACUGUACACGUGGUCAUUACUGUACACCUGGUCAUUACUGUACAUGAUGGUCAUUACUGUACAUGAUGGUCAUUACUGUACAUGAUGGUCAUUACUGUACAUGUGGUCAUUACUGUACACGUGGUCAUUACUGUACAUGUGGUCAUUACUGUACACGAUGGUCAUUACUGUACACCUGGUCAUUACUGUACAUGAUGGUCAUUACUGUACACCUGGUCAUUACUGUACAUGAUGGUCAUUACUGUACACCUGGUCAUUACUGUACAUGUGGUCAUUACUGUACGCCUGGUCAUUACUGUACAUGAUGGUCAUUACUGUACGCCUGGUCAUUACUGUACAUGAUGGUCAUUACUGUACAUGAUGGUCAUUACUGUACACGUGGUCAUUACUGUACACCUGGUCAUUACUGUACAUGAUGGUCAUUACUGUACAUGAUGGUCAUUACUGUACAUGAUGGUCAUUACUGUACAUGUGGUCAUUACUGUACACGUGGUCAUUACUGUACAUGUGGUCAUUACUGUACACGAUGGUCAUUACUGUACACCUGGUCAUUACUGUACAUGAUGGUCAUUACUGUACACCUGGUCAUUACUGUACAUGAUGGUCAUUACUGUACACCUGGUCAUUACUGUACAUGUGGUCAUUACUGUACGCCUGGUCAUUACUGUACAUGAUGGUCAUUACUGUACGCCUGGUCAUUACUGUACAUGAUGGCCAUUACUGUACAUGAUGGUCAUUACUGUACAUGAUGGUCAUUACUGUACAUGUGGUCAUUACUGUACAUGAUGGUCAUUACUGUACAUGAUGGUCAUUACUGUACGCCUGGUCAUUACUGUACAUGAUGGUCAUUACUGUACGCCUGGUCAUUACUGUACAUGAUGGUCAUUACUGUACACGUGGUCAUUACUGUACAUGAUGGUCAUUACUGUACAUGAUGGUCAUUACUGUACGCCUGGUCAUUACUGUACAUGAUGGUCAUUACUGUACAUGAUGGCCAUUACUGUACAUGUGGUCAUUACUGUACAUGAUGGUCAUUACUGUACAUGUGGUCAUUACUGUACAUGAUGGUCAUUACUGUACGCCUGGUCAUUACUGUACACAAUUGAAUUACUGUACACAAUGGUCAUCACUGUACACUAUUUAAUCACUGUACACAAUGGCCAUUACUGUACACACCGCCGUCAUUACUGUACAUGAUGGUCAUUACUGUACACCAUGGCUUUGCUUUGUUGCUCCUCAUUUGACAAACAGCAACACUUAAAAGCAAAAAAUAUAACUACAUUGUCAGUAUUAAUGAAUACUGAUACUGUACUCAUAAAUACAACUACUGUAGUACAGUAUCAGCACUCAAGUACAAGUACUGUAGUACAGUGUUAGUACUCGUAAAUACAACUACUGUAGUACAGUAUCAGUACUCACAAAUACAACUACUGUAGUACAGUAUUAGUAUGCAUGAACUCUGAUGUAGAAUAUUGAUGAAAAAGCUGCACCCAGACUACUUUAAUGUUACAGCGCGUAUUAGAAGAAAGUAACAGGAAGUUUGCUUUUCUUCUGCCAAAUGUAGUUGGUGAUGUGAACCUUUGGAGCUAAAGAAGACUUAUUCUUGUAUCAAGAUGUUUUACUAGUGGAAGUAAUACAGCAUCAAUCACAUGCCAGCUGACUAAAUAUUGAUCAUCUUUUCCCGCUUACAGAAAGGAGACUUUGGUUUUUGUUUACUGUGCAGAACUUGUCACUAAUAGGGAGACUUCCUGUGUGGGUCAGGAUGGCCACUUUUGGAUGAGAGAGAGGAGAAGAGGGCUCACUGUGUUCACUGCAUUCUACUGUUCAAUACAUGCUCUUAGCUGCACUUCCUGUUUGAAGCCACACGCAACAAUUCUGAUUGGCCAAAAUGUCUGUCACUCAAGUGACCGGGACAGCGGGGCAAAAAGCAACUCUAUUAAGUAUUGUGGGUAUUUAUUAAAUGGACUAAAACCUCAAUGCUGAUUAUUCCUGUAACCCUGCUAUACAAGCUGCACACAGACUACUCUUCAUGUUAUACAAGCUGCACACAGACUACUCUUCAUGUUAUACAAGCUGCACACAGACUACUCUUCAUGUUAUACAAGCUGCACACAGACUACUCUUCAUGUUAUACAAGCUGCACACAGACUACUCUUCAUGUUAUACAAGCUGCACACAGACUACUCUUCAUGUUAUACAAGCUGCACACAGACUACUCUAAGAUGUGUAGUAGACAGUAGUGUCCAUGUGAGAUACUUGAGUUGUGUUUCUCCAAUAAUAAAGCAAAUGUAUUUUCAUCAUGCAUCAACAUAUUAGGAAUAUAACAUGAAGAAUAGUAAUAAAACAUGGAUAUUGAUCAUUAUUGCGCGCAUAGUAAUAUAACAUGAAUAUUGAUCAUUAUUGCGCACAUAGUAAUAAAACAUGAAUAUUGGUCAUUAUUGUGCACAUAGUAAUAAAACAUAAAUAUUGGUCAUUAUUGCGCACAUAGAAAUAUAACAUGAAUAUUGAUCAUUAUUGCGCACAUAGUAAUAAAACAUAAAUAUUGGUCAUUAUUGCGCACAUAGAAAUAUAACAUGAAUAUUGAUCAUUAUUGCGCACAUAGUAAUAAAACAUAAAUAUUGGUCAUUAUUGCGCACAUAGAAAUAUAACAUGAAUAUUGAUCAUUAUUGUGCACAUGGUAAUAAAACAUGCAUAUUGAUCAUUAUUGUGCACAUAGUAAAAUAACAUGAAUAUUGGUCAUUAUUGCGCACAUAAUAAAACAUGAAUAUUGGUCAUUAUUGUGCACAUAGUAAUAUAACAUGAAUUUUGAUCAUUAUUAUGCACAUAGUAAUAAAACAUGAAUAUUGGUCAUUAUUGUGCAGAUGGUAAUAAAACAUAAAUAUUGGUCAUUAUUGCGCACAUAGAAAUAAAACAUGAAUAAUGAUCAUUAUUGUGCACAUAAUAAUAAAACAUGAAUAUUGGUCAUUAUUGUGCACAUAGUAAUAAAACAUGAAUUUUGAACAUUAUUGUGCACAUAGUAAUAAAACAUAAAUAUUGGUCAUUAUUGCGCACAUAGAAAUAAAACAUGAAUAUUGAUCAUUAUUGUGCACAUAAUAAAACAUGAAUAUUGGUCAUUAUUGUGCAGAUGGUAAUAAAACAUAAAUAUUGGUCAAUAUUGCGCACAUAGAAAUAAAACAUGAAUAUUGAUCAUUAUUGUGCACAUAGUAAUAUAACAUGAAUAUUGGUCAUUAUUGUGCACAUAGUAAUAAAACAUGAACUUUGAUCAUUAUUGUGCACAUAGAAAUAUAACAUGAAUAUUGGUCAUUAUUGCGCACAUGGUAAUAAAACAUGAAUAUUGAUCAUUAUUAUGCACACAGUAAUAAAACAUGAAUAUUGGUCAUUAUUGUGCACAUAAACUAGAAGCAGCAUUGCAAAGCCUUUAGUUUUUUACAAAGACAGUGUUGACCUGUUAGCUAUCUCUCUCUCUCUCUCGCUAUAUGUAUAUAUAUAAUUGUGUAUACAUGUGUGUGUGUAUAUAUACAUAUGUGUGUAUAUAUGUAUAUUAAAUGUGUGUAUGUAUACAUAUACACACACAUGUAUAUAUAUAUGUGUAUAUAAUUGUAUAUAUAUACACACAUAUACAUAUUUAUACAUAUACAAAUGUAUACAUGUGCGUAUAUAUGUAUUUAUAUAUAUACAAAUAUAUUCAUGUAUGUAUAUAUACAAAUAUAUAUAAAUAUAUUAUAUACACUAUGUAUAUACAUAUUUUUUAUAUAUAUAUAACUAUGUAUAUAUACAUAUGUAUAUACAUGUAUAUAUAUACAAAUACAUAUAUUUCUCUCUCUAUAUAUAUACAUACAUAUGUGUGUAUAUAUGUAUGUAUCUAUAUAUAUGUAUAUAUAUAUAUAUAUAUAUAUAUAUAUAUAUAUGUAUGUAUGUAUCUAUAUAUAUGUGUGUGUGUGUUGCUUUGUAUUGAACCUGUAAGAUUUACUGUUUUAAGAACAAAAUGAUUGUAAUAUUUUUAUGUUUGGGUUGAGAUGAUUAAAUUCCAAUAUCAGACAAAGUUUAAUACGAGCACCUGCUGGUGUUUUAUUAUAGAGACCUUUUUAUUGAGUUCAUGUUCUUAUAAAGACCAUAUAAAUAUUUUUAUUUGAUUCAUAUCAUCAUAAAGACCAUAUGCAUCUUUUUUUUCUUGAAUUCAUAUUGUUCUAAAGACUAUAUAAAUAAUUGUAUUUGAUUCAUGUUAUGAUAAAGAGCAUAAGUUCUCUCAUUGGAAUGAAGCAAAACCAGGCUAGUGUAGUUGUGAUGUAUGUUGAGAUGUACAUUUUCUGUGUCAAAUGUCAAAGUCUUUUGGACUUUCAAGGGCUGAUGUUUCUUCUCACUAUUUUGGUACUCUUUUUUUUUUUUUUCUUCUUUUUUUACAAUCAAGUGAGUAAUUUAUAAGUUUUGUAUUUAUUUUCAUGUUCUUUUCUUGCAAUCAAUGUCGGGCAUUUGACUUCAAUGUGGAGGAUGAAGUACAACUGCUAACAACAUCUUCUUCUACUACUGACCAACUCUUUCUUGUCUUGGAAGAUUUAUCUUCAUCUCUUUGCCCCCACGAUUGUGUCAGAUUUUAAUAAAUGUUUUCCAACAUG